AUGACUGGAAAAAGGACAAUUGAAGAAGCCGUGGUGUCUGCUGCGAAGCGUGUUGAUAGCGAACCAGCGACCGACAAUGAUAAAGCACCUCGUCGCCCCAAACGCAAAGUUGCCGUUCUGGUGGGCUACUGUGGAACAGGAUAUCAUGGAAUGCAGUUGAACCCCCCUCACAGGACUAUUGAGGGCGAUUUGUUUCAGGCUUUUGUCAAAGCUGGGGCUGUCUCACAAGACAAUUCGAACGACCCCAAAAAAUCCUCGUUUUUACGAGCAGCCCGUACCGAUAAGGGCGUUCAUGCAGCGGGCAAUGUGGUUUCGCUCAAGAUGAUCGUUGAAGAUGAGGAUAUUGUUGAGCGUAUCAAUUCACAUUUGCCCGAGCAGAUCCGUGUCUGGGGCUAUGUCCGCACCAACAAGUCGUUUGAGUGUCGUAAAAUGUGCUCUUCGCGGAUAUAUGAGUACAUCUUGCCUACCUAUGCUCUGAUGAGUGCUAAGCCUUCCAGUGCAUUAGGCCAAAGGCUCGCCAAUGUGAAGCAGGUUGAGCCUCAAGCUUUAAAAGAUGAAGCAACAAAGUUUUGGCAGGGUAUGGAAGAUGCCUACGCCGCUGAAGGAAUCAGUGCAGAGGACUUGAUCCGUAUUGAGAAAGAAGCCGCCGAAGAGGCGGCCAAAACCAAAGUUCAACAAGACGGAACCGCUCGCAACUUGAGACUUGAUGAAGAAGCUACCGAGGAAACGCCGGAACGGAAGCGUGUGAAAGCCAUCGCUAAUAAUUAUCGCAGAGCCUACCGGGCGAUUCCUGAGCGGAUUGAGCAGUUCCGUGAAGCACUCAAAGAGUACGAAGGCGUCCACAACUUUCACAACUACACGGUGGGGAAAGGAUUCAAGGAAGCAAGCUCUACUCGCGUUAUGAAAUCAUUAACUGUCUCUGAUCCCAUGGUCAUCAACGGCACAGAAUGGGUAUCGAUCAAGAUCCACGGCCAGUCGUUUAUGUUGCACCAGAUUCGUAAAAUGAUUGCCAUGGCCGUUUUGGUUGUUCGCUGCGGUGUUGACAAGUCCAAGAUCUCUGAUCUUUUUAAAGAUGUCAAGGUUGGCAUCCCCAAAGCUCCAGCAUUGGGCUUGUUACUAGAACAGCCCGUUUAUGACGGUUUCAACUCACGGUUGUCUCGAUUGGGCCGUGAUUCAGUCACAUUUGAUCCCUAUGAAAAAGAAAUUGAUGCUUUCAAACACAAAUUUAUCUAUGAUCGGAUCUACACUCAGGAAGCCAAAGAAAACGAAUUCCACGCAUUUUUCGCGUUCAUUGAUACAUAUCGUGUUUCCGAGCUCCUUGACUAUCUCACUGAUACAAAAAGUGAACGGGUGAAUGCUGAACCGGUAGAUGAUGAAGACGAAUUAGCAGCUGAAGAUAACGAGGGCUAG